ACCCCCCUAACCUUAACCUUUACUUCACCUGCCCCAUUACCCCAUCCCUUCUCUUCCCACCAAAAUCCAACCCUCUCAAUUCCGUUACCGUCAUCUUCUCACCCCCAUUUAUUUAAUUAUUCUCCUUCUCUUUCUCCCCUUUCCUCCUCCUCCAUCAAGCGACUCACUUUCUGCCACCCACACACACAAACCACAAAACCCUCUUUUUCUUUCUUUUUCUUGCCGAUGAAGCGUCCACUUCUGUCCGCCACCUCCCACCAUGACGAGACCAAGAUGAAGAAGGCCAAGGCGGUGGUGAUAGAGGAUGGAGAUGAGGAGGGGGAUCACGUGGAGGGAUUAGGGUGUUUUGACGACAACCUGCUGUUCGAGGUUUUGAAGCACGUGGACGCGCGUACUCUAGCUAUGGCAGGGUGUGUGAACAAGCAGUGGCACAAGACGGCGCAGGACGAAAGGCUGUGGGAACUGAUCUGCACGAAGCAGUGGGCGAACACUGGAUGUGGGGAACAACAGCUACGAUCCGUAGUUCUCGCCCUCGGUGGCUUCCGUCGCCUUCACGCCCUUUAUCUCUUCCCUCUCUCCAAGCCUCAGACAUCUUCCUCAUCUUCAUCCUGCUCCUCCUCUCCCUGGGGCCCCACCAUCCCCCAGGUCAUUCGAUCAAAGCCCCUACGUUUGGGGAAGGACGAGGUUCACCUCUCUCUUUCCCUUCUCUCCAUUCGCUACUACGAGAAGAUGAAUUUCAAUAACCGAACCAGAUGAUUCCUUAUUAUUCUACUAUCCAUGAUCCAUAAUCCGUAAUCCAUUCUAUGUGUUUCCUUUUCUAAACCUAAUUUCGGCUUUCGACACUAUUUCAUUUGGUGCGAUUUUUAGAUUUCAGUUGCCAGAUCUGCUUUUAAUUCAGGCAAUUAGUCUAAGCUGGAUGUGUUUUGUAACCUGUAUGUAUGUACUUUGAUUUGAUUAAUAAUAUAAUAUAUAUGAAUAUUGGAAUGUAUUUGUAUCUCCAUGAUGAUGUUUUAAAUAUCUUGUUUUGGGGGUUGGAAGAAUAGAUUAGGGUGUGGAUCUGAGGGGAAAAGGGAGGAUUUGGGAGUUUAGGGGACAAGAAUUUGGGUGAGGUUGGGAGAAUUGCCGAAAGGAGCGGAAGGAUGAGUGAUUGGCGGUCCUGAUGGUGUUUUUUCCGAAUAGGCACAAGGAGACAGAGGCUGAGGUCUUCUUGUUCUGUAACAAAUGUCUGCUACUGCCUAUGUUUUCUGGCUCUUACUUCGGCCCAAUGGGUAAAGGACACACGAAUGAGUUUGCAUUUCUAUUGCCUCUGCAAAAGCCAAAUUUUUCUUGAGGGACGAUAUUUGUCGUUACGAGGAUCCCUAUUAUUUGUUUUUCCCACUGUAUUUUUUCAUGCUUUAGCAAUAUUGUAGUAUUAGAUCAGUGAACACGGACAAACACACUCUCUUGGACGAAUAUAUUGUUUUC